AUGGCUUCACUCGCAAAGGGCCGGCCCUCGCGCCGCUCAGCUCCUCGCAGGAGCUAUGUCGUUGAGGAUACUUCUGAAUCGGAGGACCCCGGAAAUGUGACACCUACACCCUCUACCCAAGACAAUGAAGAAGAAACCGAGCAGGAGGAUUAUACCCCCGUGCCCAAAAAGGCGAAGCGAAACUCCAGCAGGCGAACAACUCUUGAGCCUGCGACACCGUCUACGGCCCGACCAGCGCGCAAAUACCGUCAGUCAACCGCGGACGAGUCGGACGUUUCGCAAGUGGACACGACUGAAAAUGAAGAAAAUGAGGGGAACGACGAGAACGACGAGGGCGCUAGCAUCGCAUCCAUAGAGGCCGAUCCCGACUCUCCUUCCCAUAAGGCAGCUUUGAAAAGAAAAAGUAUGGCUCAUCCCCGCAAGAGCCGUGGCUCAAUCACGCCCAAGCCAGCAAAGGGCUCACUCCCCACUCCAGAGCCGUCCGCGUCACCAGAGCCUCAAGCGCGGGCACAGCGGGAAAGUGUGCCCCCUCUAGCCGAUAUCACCGAGUCGGCCGUCAACCAGUCGCCCUCGAAACAAUCGGAAGAGCCCAAAUCGCAGAUUUCGAUCAUCAACCCGAACUCGACAGUCUUGGAAAAGCCCAUGGACAUUGUGAUGAAGUCCCGAACCCUGGCUCCAUCCGCGCCCGAGGAGCCUGCGGCACCCAAGCCCCGAUUGAUCAUUGAAAAUCUGAUUCUGACAAACUUCAAGAGUUACGCCGGGCAACAGGUCGUUGGACCAUUCCAUGCCUCGUUUUCGUCCGUGGUCGGACCGAACGGAUCGGGCAAGUCUAAUGUCAUCGAUUCGUUGCUUUUCGUGUUCGGCUUCCGCGCCAGCAAAAUGCGACAGGGCAAGAUUUCGGCCCUGAUCCACAACUCUGCCCAGUACCCGGACCUCCCGUUUUGUGAAGUCGAGGUUCACUUCCAACAAGUUCUUGACACGCCUGAAGGUGGCCCUGAACUCGUUCCAGAUUCCCAACUGAUUGUUUCGCGAAGAGCAUUCAGGAACAAUACCAGCAAGUACUACAUGAACAAGAGGGAAACAAACUUCACUGCUGUGACGUCUUUCCUCCGCGAUCGUGGUAUCGACCUCGACCACAAGCGAUUCCUGAUCCUGCAAGGUGAAGUCGAAUCGAUCGCACAGAUGAAGGCAAAAGCCACCAACGAGCAUGACGAGGGUCUUCUGGAAUAUCUCGAAGAUAUCAUCGGUACAUCCAAGUACAAGACGCCUAUCGAUGAGGCGGCGACUGAGUUAGAAACCUUGAACGACGUCUGCAUGGAGAAGAACAAUCGCGUUCAACAUGUGGAGAAAGAGAAGACUGCACUGGAGGACAAGAAGAACAAGGCUGUGGCAUAUAUUCGGGACGAGAACGAACUUUCUCAGAAGCAGUCUGCGCUCUAUCAGAUCUACAUUGACGAGUGCGCUGACAACGUUCGUGUCACCGAGGAAGCCAUUCUCCAGAUGCAGGAGCUGCUCAACUUGGAGCUGGAGAAGCAUGAAGGAAAUGAAUCGGGAAUCAAGGAGCUUGAAAGGGCCUACAAACGUGGCCUUCGGCAAUACGAGACCAUGGAGAAAGAGACCCAGAGCCUUCUGAAGGAAAUGGCCAAGUACGACAAGGAGGGUGUCAAGUUUGAGGAAAAGAAAAAGUUCCUCAUUGGCAAACAGAAGAAGCUGGACAAGACAAUGCAAACAAGCCGCCUUGCUGCGUCGGAGUGCCAGAGCCUGGUUGAAAAGUUCACCUACGACAUCGACAAAAAGACCAACGAGACGGCUCAGCUUGAACAAGAGAUGAAGUCGGAGGAGGAAGAGUUGAACUCCAUUCGCGAUGGCCUCAAGGGCAAGACUCAAGGCCUCUCUGAUCAGAUCGCUGCCAAGCAAAAAUCCCUGGAGCCGUGGAAUGAGAAAAUCAACCAGAAGCAGUCUGCCGUUGCCGUUGCCCAGAGUGAGCUGGACAUUCUGCGUGAGCGUGGCAAUGCGGGUGCUGUCCUUCUCGAAGAGGCCCAAGGCAAGAUCGCUACGAUUGAAGAAACUUUGCAAAGCAAGCAAACCGAUCUUGAGGAGCGACAGGCCCAGAAGGAGACCCUGGAAGCCGAGGUCGAGAAGCUCCAGGGUGAUCUGAAGAAGUAUGCCGGCCGUGAGCCUGAAGUUCGAUCGCACGUCUCCAGCGCUCGGCAGAAGGCCGACGAAGCCCGAGUCAGCCUGGCAAGCACGCAGAAUCGCGGUAGCGUCUUGACUGGAUUGAUGCGGCUCAAGGAGUCGGGUCGUAUUGAUGGCUUCCAUGGCCGACUUGGUAACCUGGGUACGAUUGAUGAGAAAUACGAUGUCGCGAUCUCUACGGCUUGUCCCGCCCUUGACAAUAUGGUUGUGGAAACUGUGGAAGUCGGUCAACAAUGUAUCGACUAUCUGCGGAAGAACAACCUCGGCCGAGCCAACUUCAUUCUCCUCGAUCGCCUCCCUCGCCGUGACAUGUCGACCAUCUACACCCCUGAGAGUGUUCCCCGUCUCUUUGAUCUCGUCAAACCCAAGGACCCCAAGUUUGCACCUGCUUUCUACAGCGUGAUGCAGAACACCCUGGUUGCAAAAGAUCUGGAGCAAGCAAACCGCAUUGCUUACGGUGCUCGACGAUGGCGAGUAGUCACGUUGGAUGGACAGUUGAUUGACGUGUCAGGAACCAUGAGCGGUGGUGGAACCCGUGUUGCACGGGGCGGUAUGUCGUCGAAGCAAGUCGCAGAUACGAGUAAGGAGCAAGUAACCCGACUGGAAUCGGACCUCGAGGAUUUGGAAAGAAAGUUCCAGGCCUUCCAAGAGAAGCAGCGUCAUUCCGAGGAAAUUCCUCGCGUGGAGACCAAGAUACAAAAGAUCAUGAUCGAGAUCGACAGUGCCAAUCGCAGUCUUGCGGAUGCCCAGCGACGGGUCAAGGAACUGGGCGCGGAGCACAAGCCAUCCCAGUCUGAUGAGCACCAGGUCGCUGCUCUCGAAAAGCAAAUCGGCACCGCGCAGAAGGAGAUCGAAAAGCUCAACAGCGAAAAGAGUGGGAUUGAGGAAGAGAUCCAGACGUUGCAGAGCAAGAUCAUGGAGGUCGGUGGUGUUCGGCUCCGUGGACAAAAGGCCAAGGUCGAUGGCUUGAAGGAGCAAAUCAGCAUGCUGGCCGAGGAGAUCUCCAAUGCUGAAGUUCAAAAGUCCAAGAACGAGAAGCUCAUCAGCAAGCACCAAAAGGCCCGGGAUGGGUCUGAGCAAGAGAUUGGGCAAAUCACGGAGGACUUGGAGAAGUUGGAGGAGGACGUGGCGAACCAGGCCAAUGAUGCCUCCGGCUGGAGACAGAAGGCAGAUGAAGCCCAGGAGGCCUUGGAGACGAAGAAGGGCGAGCUGAAGGCUCUGAAGGACGAGCUUGACGAGAAGGUGGCCGAGUUGAAUGAGACACGCGCCACUGAGAUCGACAUGCGGAACAAGCUCGACGAGAACCAGAAGGCAUUGGCUGAGAACCAGAAGCGCAGCCGAUACUGGGAGGAGAAGCUUUCCAAGCUGUCUCUACAGAACGUUUCCGACCUGGGUGAAGAGCAGGAGGCCACGGAGCUCCAAAUGUACACCAAGGACGAGCUGGAUGCGAUGAACAAGGAAUCUUUGAAGGCUGUCAUUGCGGCAUUAGAGGAGAAGGUCCAAAAUGCCUCGGUGGAUCUUUCGGUUAUUGAAGAAUACCGCCGCCGGACAGCCGAGCAUGAAUCGCGUUCCGCCGACCUGGCCACUGCUCUGAUCUCGCGAGACAGUGCCAAGGCGCGCCUGGACGGACUCCGAUCUUCUCGACUGAAUGGGUUCAUGGAAGGAUUCGGCAUCAUUUCUCUACGUCUCAAGGAAAUGUACCAGAUGAUUACCAUGGGCGGUAAUGCUGAGUUGGAACUGGUGGACUCGUUGGACCCCUUCUCGGAAGGCAUCCUGUUCUCGGUCAUGCCUCCAAAGAAGAGCUGGAAGAACAUUGGCAAUCUGUCUGGUGGUGAGAAGACGUUGUCGAGUUUGGCGCUGGUGUUUGCUCUGCAUCACUACAAGCCUACUCCGCUCUAUGUAAUGGACGAGAUCGAUGCCGCGUUAGACUUCCGAAACGUCUCUAUCGUGGCCUCCUACAUCAAGGAGCGAACGAAGAACGCUCAGUUCAUUGUCAUUUCUCUGAGAAACAACAUGUUCGAGCUCGCCUCCCGACUGGUCGGCGUUUACAAGGUCAACCAUAUGACCAAGAGCGUCACCAUCGAGAAUCGCGAUUAUAUUGCGCGGUGA